AAGUUUUUGGAUUCUUUUAUUUAUAUGAACCUCACUUGAAAGCAAAGUUUCCACCACAUUUCCAAAUCCCAUGGCUACGUUGCAAAGAUUCAAGUUCUUGGGGACACAGUGCGGAGUGGCGGCACAAAGCCCUACACGAAGCCCGAGUCCGAGGACAAGUCCUUUGGUACAGCUUCGACGUAAGAAGACAACCUUAAAGAUUCUUUUGAGCCUUGCGUCACCGAGCCGCCGAGAGCAGCAGCCGUUGAUUCAUCAUAACCACAAGGAUGUAGCUGGACGCAAACUUAAAGACCUAUUCGUUUCUUGGUCUUCUGGAGAGAAAGAAGAAGAAGACGAAGAAGUGGAGUUAGAGGAGAGACGGAAAGGGAAAACAAAAGAAGAAGUUCUUGCAGCCAUGGCAGCUAGAUUGAAUGCAGCUGCUAGUUUACAAUGUGAGUCCACUGACACAACACCUGCUUGGUUCGGAUUCAGCAAGCGGCUUCUUCAGAGAGCUUGGCGACCAAAGCUUGGUACUAUUCCUGAGUAAUGUAACAAAAUUUCUUCUCUUUUUCUUAUGUGACUCUGGAAACCAUUAGUUUCCUAUAUGACUGAAUAGAUUUGUUUCUUCUCUAUCUUUAUGUUUGUAUUCCUAAAAAGGAGAAUUAGGAUUUCACAUUUUCUCAUCAUCAAGAAAGAGAAAGGUUAAGCCUUUGUUAUCUAUAUAUGCUUCCAGAUGGGAUGGUGAACUAGUGAUUUUACUAAUUUGAGUUUCUCAAACCCAAGUAUAGUCAGUAGGUGCUAGUGGCAAAGCCUCUACGUUUCUUUAUUGUCCUUGGUCUUGAAACAUGGAUCU